CUUCUGUCACGUUGUUGUGUCCUGAUUAAAUUGUCCUGUUCUCAUGCACACAGGGAAACCAACCUCAUCCACCUUGACUAGCACAACAGGCAAACCAACCUCAUCCACCUUAAGUCAAACUACAGCCAUACCAACUUCAUCCACCUUAAGUCAAACCACAGCCUCUGAAAGCGGCGGCUUAGAUUCCAGCUCUUCAUCCCCAGGUCCAUCAACUACGUCCUUUGGUACAAGUGACUACACAGCCACGAAUAAGACGUCAAGUCCCGACCACACCAUCAAGUAUGUGUUCAUUGCGACUGUGUCUGGGAUCCUGGUAGGACUGCUUCUCGUCCUUGGUUUCCUGAAAUGUAUGUUCCUGUACAUACGGCGAUCUAGGGGACGCUUCCCUGUGCCUUCAGGCUUCGAUUAUCACGCAUUAAUAAUAUUCAGCUCAAAAGAUUCCGAAUGGGUAAAAAAGAAGCUCCUUCGUCCCCUCGAGGAACAGCAUCAUUUCAAGUGCUGCAUUCACUACAGAGACUUUGAUCCUGGCAGCAUUUUUCUUGAAACCAUGGCGGAAAGCGUACAAAAAAGCUUCAAGAUUAUUGCAGUUUACUCUAAGGAUUUUCAGGAAAGUAAUUAUUGUCAGCAUGAGCUACAUCUUGCCGAGUACCGACAAGUAACGCAAGGCGACGAUUGCCUCGUGAUUAUAAGAAUUGAUGAAGCAGAACUCGAUAACCUUCCUCCAGGAUUACGUGGAAGAAGCGUAAUCGACUACUCCAAAACAGUGGAAAGACCUUUCUGGAUGAACAGACUUCUCCAGUUUCUUCAGGUCCCGGAGGAUUCCGGUAACCGGGACGCAGUUACGGGACAGGAGAGAGACACCAAUAAUCGUAUGUAUUCCCGUAUGGAGAGAAGAAUAAGAAAUUCAUUUGUGAGGCUUAACAGUACAAGCAGCAAUGGAUCAGCGGUGUCCUUUGUAUAGCCUCGCGACUCACUUAACUAGAGGAAUUGAGGAGCUGCUUCAGAAGACGCGUUCAAGAGAUAAUGAAUCAUACUGUCUUAGAUGUCACAAUCAGUGUUUACUUUGCUUUGGAGCACGUUUGCCGAGAAUGCAAUCAUUUCAACAAUUUGAUUUACAACUUGGGCCAGCGGCGCGUUUCAAGAAAAGCUCAAAAUGUUCAUGUAAGCCAGGCUGCGGGAGUUACGGGAUGUGUCUUGCGUUUGUUCUUGGUUGCAGGGCUGUGACCGGAAGCUGCGCUACUUCAGUAGUGCUUGGUUACACGCGAAUUGUACAUUGAUCACAAUCAGAGAGAAAGCUACUGUACAUUGUAAAGUAUUUACACAGCUUGCUUUAUAUUUAUCGAAGAAUCAAAUCAUCGCUCAUUCGUGAGAAAUAUCACCUCUGAUUCACAGACAACUUGGCCAUUGGGUGGAAAGCUGAGAAAAAAAAA